GGGAGGGGGGUGGAGGAAGAGGCCUCGCGCAGCGGAGGGAGCAAUUGAAUUUCAAACACAAACAACUGCACGAGCGCGCACCCAUCGCGCCGGAGCGUUGCCCCGGAUCCGCGCCCGCCCCGUCCGUGCGGCGCGCGGGCGGAGACGCCGUGGCCGCGCCGGAGCCCGGGCCGGGGGCCACCAUCGAGGCGGGGGCCGCGCGAGGGCCGGAGCGGAGCGGCGCCGCCACCGCCGCACGCGCAAACUUGGGCUCGCGCUUUCCGGCCCGGCGCGGAGCCCGGGGCGCCCGGAGCCCCGCCAUGUCGCGAUCCAACCGACAGAAGGAGUACAAAUGCGGGGACCUGGUGUUCGCCAAGAUGAAGGGCUACCCACACUGGCCGGCCCGGAUUGACGAGAUGCCUGAGGCUGCCGUGAAGUCAACAGCCAACAAAUACCAAGUCUUUUUUUUCGGGACACACGAGACGGCAUUCCUGGGCCCCAAAGACCUCUUCCCUUACGAGGAGUCCAAGGAGAAGUUUGGCAAGCCCAACAAACGGAAAGGGUUCAGCGAGGGGCUGUGGGAGAUCGAGAACAACCCUACCGUCAAGGCUUCUGGCUACCAGUCCUCCCAGAAAAAGAGCUGUGUGGAAGAGCCCGAGCCCGAAGCCACCGAGGGUGAUGGCGAUAAGAAGGGGAAUGCCGAAGGUAGCAGUGAUGAGGAAGGGAAGCUGGUCAUUGAUGAGCCGACCAAGGAGAAGAAUGAGAAGGGGGCGCUGAAGAGGAGAGCGGGAGACCUGCUGGAGGACUCCCCCAAACGUCCCAAGGAGACAGAAGACCCCGAAGGGGAGGAGAAGGAAGGGGCCACCUUGGAGGGUGAGAGGCCCGUUCCAGUGGAGGCGGAGAAGAACAGCACCCCCUCUGAGCCGGGCUCUGGCCGGGGGCCUCCUCAGGAGGAAGAAGAGGAGGAAGAAGAGGAAGAGGCUGCCAAGGAAGAUGCUGAGGCCCCGGGCAUCAGAGAUCAUGAGAGCCUGUAGCCACCAAUGUUUCAAGAGGAGCCCCCGCCCCGUUCCUGCUGCUGUCUGGGUGCUACUGGGGAAACUGGCCAUGGCCUGCAAACUGGGAACCCCUUCCCCACCCCAACCCACUCUCCUCUUCCACUCACUCUCCCCCUUCUGAGCUCAGACCCUGGAGAUUGACCCGGAUGGGGCAGGCCACCUGGCCCUCACCUCCAUGUCCCCACACCCCUGUGACCUGAGUCAGGUCCAUGUCUUCUGCUCUGUGGGAUGAGAUGAGGCCACUGUGUCGCUCUCUGCCUGGAGCUGUUUCCCAGUGUAUUUGUUAGGGCCUGGACCGGCUAUUUCCAUCUUCUGACGCCCCUCUCGCCCUUCCCCGGGCAUUCUAGACCUCUGGGUUGGUUGGGAUCAGGGCUAUGAGUGGAAGGGAUGGAGAAUAAGUAGCACGGUGGGCUUCUGGGGCCUGGGAGGGGCAAUCUUCAAAUUGGGGUGGGGGAGUGGAGUGGGCAAGAGGAUGGCAUCCUGUCCCUUACUCCCACACCUGUUCUCCCAGCUACCUGGAUUCAGGGAAAGUGGGACAGCUUGUGGGAGAGGGGCUCCCUUCCAUAAAUCCUGGAUGGUUGACAAUGCCCAUUCUCUUACGCCAACCCUAGGUGUUAUGGGAGUUACAGUUUAUCAUCAAAAGAUUUGGGGUCUUCCAAGUUCUUUGAGUCAAGGACCUGAGAUCUGAAGGGUUGACUUCACCCAGCUCGGAUGGGAGUGUUGAGGAGUAUCCAUCCACCUUUAGACCUCAGGCCAGAGUUGGG